UCUUCGGGGGAUGAGAAUUGUGAUAGGUGUCCAAUCUGUCUCAAUCGUCUGCGUAACCAAGACAUCGGCACCCCUGAGUCCUGUGACCACUGCUUCUGUUUGGAGUGUAUACAGGAAUGGGCUAGGGUUCGUCUUCACUGUUUCUUUGCUUGAAAAUACCAUUUAGACUUUCAGAGAGGCACAUAAUGGGCAUAGCUUUUCACUGUUGGUCCUACCGACAUACCUGUGGGUGUAAUGAAAAGUCUUGCUGUUAAUCAAAAUACAAAAUAAGACACAUUCUAUAAAGUAGGGUUAAGCUUUAUUAAAUGUGAAGGAAGCAAUGGCUGUUUAUUCUAAAAUAUUUACUCAGCAGAAAAAAACACAUAAAUAUGUGUACAUUAAAAUAGAAGUAAAAAAAUACAUAUUCCUGUGAAUAAUAUCUCAUUUUAUGUUAUUAGAGAAAAGAAAAGAAACAAGGUGUGGCCUUUGCGCAGAAAAAUUAAUUUGAAAUGUCUUUUUUGGUAGUAAAAAGAAGUAUUGUUAAUUACCAACAAAAAAUGUUUCAGUUAUGCAAAAUUGAGAUGUGGUUGAUGCCUUGAGGUUUUAGUAUUACAAAUCUGCAAUUAAUUUAUUCCCCAAACUGAUUCUUUAUUCUUGAUAUGCCCCUGUAACUAAAGAGCUAUGUCAAGAGUGUUGAAAUAGAUGGACAAAAAGUAACAACUAAAAAAUAUGUAAUGGGUUGCCUUGCCUGUGGUAGAGAGGAAAGAACUUCAUUCAUUAAAGAUAUGUUUUCUCAAUAGUACAUAUUUGCCUUUGAUAUGCAGCUGAAAAAUAAAUAUAAUAAAUUAUUAAAUUAAAACUAAUUAUUCUAAAUUAUAAACAUGACAAUUAUUCAAAAUUCCUCAUGCUGUGUGGAUUCUUAUAAUUUUUAUCAUUGACAAUUUUUGAGAGUGUACUUUUUUUUGUUCCCCCCCAGGUAACAAACACUUGCCCAGUUGACCGUCAAGUGUUUCGCAUAGUUCUUGCUAGACAUGCUGGAGAAGAAAAAAUAUACAAGCAGGUAAGAAAUGGCGUGGUGGGGGGGGCUAAAAAUAAUUAAAUUAAUGGUCAACUGAUUUGUGAAUUAUUAUAAUCAGUUUUUUCAAAAGUUAAAAUAAAUAAAUGUGAUAAAAGCAGAAUAGAUUGGUUGACUUGAGCACCAUUGUUGAAAAUAGACAAUACUAAAAAGUGAAUGCCCUUGAUUUGAGUUAUAUUUUACCAAAAGUCUUACCUGAUCAGUUUUUAAAUUGUUGCAUUAAAAAGUAAAUGUACUGUUGAGUAUAAAAUCAUGUGGCCCAAUGUAAUCAUGAGGUUUGUUAGAAGUUGACUCUUGGAAGUUGAAAAAUUUGAAAAUAACUAAAACCGAUAUGCAGUGAGGUAGACGCAACAGCCACUGAUAUAAUGAACCACAUGAUAACAGAGAGAUGAAUACCAACUUUAUUUCUCAGUCAAAAUGUGGAGAAAACCAAAUGGUGUAAAUAUGAAAGCCACAAUCACCAAGGCUCCAUUUUAUGACAUUGGAAAGUAUAAAGAAAUACUCUUUCUCCAUAAAAUAUUGGCAGUUCAUCAGUAAAUCAUGUUCUAUUUUCAUUUAUUUAUAAUCUUACCUAGCUUAUUCUUUCUGAUUUGGCUUUGUGCAACAGUUUCCUGUAGACGAUACCAAACAAGAUAAUGAAGAAGUGGAAGACGACCCAACAUUCUGUGAAGUGUGUGGUCAGUCUGACAGGGAGGACAGGCUACUUCUCUGUGAUGGGUGUGAUAUGGGGUAA